AUGUACAUGCUAGAUAGUAAACUUUCAGUAAACGUUCAUUUAACUGAUGAAGCUACAGUUACUGACGAUUCCAUUACGUCCUUGGACAGGAUCCUAAGGAAAUCUACCAAAAACUUUGUAGGGGACAUGAGAGCAGAGAUUCAAGUGAGAAAGUUUCAAUCAUUCAGAAUGUGCCAGAAGAAGGGCUGGCACACUUUGCAUGUCAACAAGGAUUACUGGCAUCUCAUUUGGUAUUUAUCCUUGACUUGCUUUGUAGAAGGCCAUACAGGAAAAGCCCUCAGUAUCACUGAUCUAUGCCAACAGUGUUGUAAACUUCCUGGUAUUCUGGAUGCACGGGAGAGCGCGAACGCAGUCCCCCACUACCACAAAUUAUGCAGUCGAGUUUCCCGCAUUUGGGGAAAUCGCAGGGGUCAGCACAUCCGGAGUGCAAUGGAUAAGCCUCGCCCUGGGAAAACCACCUUCGUGAUCAUGGUAUCUCCCCUGCCAGUUGCACAAACUCAACCUCCUGGCAAAAAUAUAAAACAAGUAUAUCAACCAUUAAAUGUUUAUUGUCUACUAGGUAAAAAAUUAGUUUGUGGCCAUUGUCUAACUAUAGGUCAACAUCAUGGCCGUCCUAUAGAUGACCUUCAAAGUGCCUAUCUGAAAGAAAAGGAUACGCUUCAGAAGUUGUUUAUACAGUUAACCAACACACACUGGACAGAUAUCACUAGCCUUAUUGAAAGGCGUGAAGAACAGAAAUGUCAUUCUGAGAAAAUAGUUCAAGGUGAUAAGGAAGUUGUUCUCCAGUAUUUUAAGGAGCUUACUGAUAUGUUAGAACAGAAAACAAAGUUUUUUCUGGCAGCUCUCUGUGAGGUUGGCAAGAUGAUUAAUCAAGAAUACACUCCACAGAUUGAAAGAAUGAAGGAAAUAAGAGAACAACAACUUGAGUUAAUGACAACGAUGACACCUUUACAAGAUGAAUCUCCACUUAAAUUUCUUGAAAAAAUUGAUGAUGUUCACCAACUUGUGCAGAUGCUGAAACAGAGACCACUUCCUGAGGUCCAGCCUGUUGAAAUUUAUCCUCAAGUAAGCAAUGUUUUAAAAGAAGAGUGGAGCAGAACAGAAAUUGGACACAUUAAGAAAGCUGUCAUCCCUGAAAUGAGAAUCUCUUCAAAAAGGAUGCCAUGUUCCUGGCCUGCUAAGGGUGAAAAAGAAAUGGAAUUUUUAAAAAUCUUAAACAUUGCUGUAGUUUCACUAAUUUCAGUGAUAUUCAUGUUGAUGCUCCUUUUCAACCAUCACAUAAUAACCUUCUUAAAUGAAAUUACUUCCAUAUGUUUCUCUGAAGUCUUUCUCUCUGUUUACCAAAGUUUAUCUAAGAACUUAUAUGACUUAAAAAACACAGUAUGCUACACUUUGUGUUUGUUAAAGGAAUUUAUGUGGAAAAUAGUGUCUCAUUGAAAACCUAAUUUACCAGUUUUAUGUAGGUGUAUUCUGUAUAGCAGAGGCGAAGUCUUGGUUGGUAGAUGGAAAGGUCAGGGUGGCAUAAGUGGCAAAUAAACUUUACAUCUGUUCCAACAGAUACACAGAAAUAUGACAGAUUCCCCAAGGUGGGGUAGAAGUGGUCAGAAAUGAGACAUUAUCUGAAAGGCAACUCAAAUCAAAUUCGAAAACGACAAGUUUUGUUUUGAAUAUUAAUACCAGACUAUUUUUGGUGCAUGAACCUAC